CCGCAGCCUCUAGGAGAAAUAUUUCACUCGGCAAGCAGUCAGAGAUUGAAGGUAGAUUGGAUGUUUUUGCAGCCUCUAGGAGAAAUAUUUCACUCGGUACAAGAUCCAGGAGAUACCUCGGCGGAUCAGAGGGGACAGAGGCAGGUCCGAAAUCAGAACCUAUGAGUACUCAUACAUACGGUUCCUCAUCAGAUGACCAGAAUGUUUAUGGCGUUCACAGCUACAAAGACUGUCUCCAGUUUCCCAUGCCAGGUUCUAGGUCAUGGCUUCUCCGACCCCCAGAAACUCACCGAAAAUACUCCUCUCACGAUUCGGAUGACCAAAAUAAAGGAUCGGAGAAACCACCCCGGUCUGCUGCCCGAGGGGUGUUUCCUGAUUUAAUGAGGCUGAUCCCCUUGCAGAACGCGGACGGAUCCUGGGACCUGACCCCCGAGAUCUCUGAUGUCCUGGGAAUAUCUGAGACAGACAUAAAGGCCAGGAACCCCGACCAGGUGCGAAUUGGUCAAUCUCUAGAGGAGAGGAUAGAAACGUUGAAGAAGAUCAUUGCAAGCGUGAACGUGGAGGGGUCGGUGUGGGUGACGGUCCUGGCGGUGAUCUGGCUUCACACCAACUAUCUAGACCAGAGAGAGGAGUGGGAGCUGCUGGAGAGGAAGGCCGUCUCCUGGGUCAGAGCUAAAGCAGGUUCCUCUCUGGGGGAGUUUGUCAGAUCCGGGAACGAGCUGCUGAAAUCCUCCGUGGACCCCGAAGUGUUUGGCCUGUAAGAGGAGAGACGUCUGGAGGAACCAAGAUGGCGGAAGACUCCUGAUGGAUUCUGGAAUCUUCCUUGAAUAUUGCUGCAUCUCUUUCUUUGCAUAACCAGUUUGUACCUUUUUUUUCUCCGCUCCUCUGUGAGCAAUACCCAGGGUCGUCUUUAAUGUUGAUUGGACCCUGGGCAAAAAAUUUC